AUGGAUGAUUGGGUGUACCUGAAGCUCUCACCCAUUAAAGGUGUUGUGAGGUUUUGUAAGAAGGAAAAACUUACUCCCCGGUAUGUUGGUCCUUACAGAAUCUUCAAGAGAGUUGGCAAUGUGGCUUAUGAGUUGAAGCUACCCCAAGAAUUAAUGGUGGUUCAUCCGGUAUACCAUAUUUAUAUGUUGAACAGGUGCUUGGGUGAUCCUUCAUUGAUUGUACCGACUGAGAAUGUUGAUAUUAAGGAUAGAUUAUUCUACGAAGAAGUUCCGAUUCAAAUUUCUAAUUGUCAAGUUCGCAAGUUGAGGACAAAGGAAGUUGCAUUAGUCAAGGUUCUUUGGAUGAACCAAUUCGUUGAGGAAGAGACUUCGGAAGCUGAGGAAGAUAUGAAAAAGAUAUAUCCCCAUCUCUUUGAAUCCGGAGAGAAUGCAUAUCAAGGUAUUAAAUUCUCUUCUUAG